AGGGACGUAUUCCAUUACAAUCAAUUGUCACAACUUUGUCAACAUGAUGUUUUUACGUUUAGCAUUUUUUCUUCUUUCUUUUCUCCUUAUUUUCUUUUUAUUUAUUUACUACUAUCAUAUAUCAUAGCCUUUAUUAAUUACAUUGAGACAAGAAAAAUACUACUAGUAUUCAAUUGCUGGUCCAUGCUUCUCUAAAAAAUUAUUUUGUUCAUUUUUUGUUGGGCCAGAAUGAAAUGGAUAGAGUCCAGUCAAAACUUUGGGCCUCGCUUAAUUAGUUCACGGCUGACGUCAAAUAGUCCACUAUCUCUGGGGUUACAGUCGUACGGAUGUUAUUGGCUUUCCUUACAAGUUACAAGUGAAUUUGUUAUGCAAGUGUGACAAAAAUUCGGUCAACAUUUACGUCAACGAAAGAAAUAUUAUUUGGAGUUGCAUCCAACCGAAGCGGGUUAUUUGGAUCUUCUUCGGAUCUUUUAUUCGUCCGAUCUCGAGAAACGGGAUUUCUUCGAUACUCCUAUUGAAGACCGGCUGUCCGGGCUUCACGAUCGAUGGCUCGUCUUUGUUUCCAUCGUCGGCCAGAAGGUGUUGCUCCGGUUGAGAAAUCUCUUGACGGCAACCGGAUCCAGCGUGGAGAACCUGAUGAAUUAUCCCUCAUUCAAUGGCGGCUAUGUUCAUCUUUUUUGGAACAUUUUCACAGGAAAUGUGGUGAAGCCGGACAGUUCGUCGGCGAAAUUCAGAUCAGUGAUCGGAAGCCUGGACGAGCGGGUGGAGUUGGAUGCGAAUAUUAGAGUCAACGACGAGUGGUACGGUCCGGCGUUGUCAGUAAUGGCCGCUAAAUUAGCCUAUGAGAAUGAAGCCUUCGUGUCUACCGUGCUGAAGGAUCACUGGCAGAUGGAAUUUUUGGGAUUCUUCAACUUCUGGAAUGAAUACGAAGAACAACAUUCAACUCAGGUCAUCAUGUUCCAAGACAAGAAAGUUGAUCCGGACCUAAUAAUGGUGGCCUUCAGGGGGACAAGCCCAUUUGAUGCAGAUGACUGGAUCACAGACUUGAACCUAUCAUGGUAUGAGCUGGAAGGUGUAGGCCGUGUUCAUGCGGGAUUUCAGAAAGCUUUAGGCCUACACAAAGAUAAAGGUUGGCCCAAGGAAAUUCAAGCCAUUUCAGGCACAAAGCAAUUUGCUUAUUACACAAUUAGAGAAAAGUUGAGAGAAUUAUUGAGCCAGAAUAAGAAUGCAAAAUUCAUGGUCACUGGUCACAGCUUAGGAGGAGCUUUGGCCAUUCUAUUUCCAGCCAUUUUGAGUUUCCAUGAAGAGAAAUGGCUGCUACAUAGAAUGGAAGGAGUGUACACAUUUGGACAGCCUAGAGUUGGAGAUGAGAAAUUUGGAGAUUUUAUGAAAGAAAAACUUAGAAUUUACAACGUUAAGUAUCAUAGGUAUGUUUAUUCUAAUGACAUAGUUCCAAGAUUACCUUACGAUGAUAAGACCCUCAUGUUCAAGCAUUUUGGCCCUUCUCUCUACUUCAACAGCCUCUACCAAGGACAGGUAUUAGAGGAGGAGCCAAACAAAAACUACUUUUCAGUGCCAUCCAUUUUACCCAGUGCAUUGAAUGCAAUUUUUGAGUUGGCGAGGAGUUUCAUAAUCCCUUUUGCAAGAGGGAAGGAGUACAAAGAAGGGUUGGCUGAGAUUAUGUUUAGAUUGAUUGGGUUAAUAUUCCCCGGAAUAUCAAAUCAUGGUCCUCAAGAUUAUGUUAAUCUUACUCGGUUAGGCUACUUUUUACCAAAAUCCGUUGAUUCACAAGAAUUAAAACUAGAAUAA